UUGCCGCCCGACUUCGCCGUCGCGGGACUUCGGGCCAAGAACCUUGCCGGGCCCGCAAAAGCCUGGGCCAGGCCCGAAUUCGACGUGACCCUCCGAGCUGCCGGGAGCCCGAAGAACCCGAGGCUCUCGGUUUCGUACGAGGGCGGGCCAGACGGGUCGGCGGCCCUGACCUUCCUCGGCCACAAGAUCGGUCUGGGGAAGGUCGGCCAGGAUUCUGGUGGGGCCCACGUCGGGCUCCCAGUGGUUCUGGCCGGGAACCCGACAGGCCUCACACGGGAGGUCGAGAAGGGGCUUACCGACGGGUGGAAGGAGAAGCGGAUGGCGCUGAAGGCUGAGGUGGCGAUGGAGAUCGGGAGCUGGGUGAGGAACGAGAGGAAGAAAGUCAAAAUCUCGUGCGAUUUUAGGGUGAAAAACUCGCUCGCGAGCGGGCCAGGUAAAAUAACGUAUCAGGUGUGCGAGACCGAGUUUUGA